UCGCGGACAGCUAUCGACUUCAGACGCCGGUUUAUCUGCUGACUGGACGGGCCGCUGCCGGGCUGUGCGCUCGCCGCUGAUAACUGCGCUGAUAGCCGCUGCUGAUAGCUGGUACUGCGAUGGACCGACCGCGCGCUACACUCCUGCUCCAGGGUGCGGUGCUGCUGUGCCUGGUGACGCACGCCGUGCUGCAAGAUGGCGACCAACAGGCAGGCGGGGACGUUAGCCCGUCGGUCUGCGGCGGUUGCUCGUGCGGGGGCGGCCUACUGGACUGCUCGGGGCUGCCGCUGGAGGGCGGCGGGGGCGGCUCCUGGUUCUGGCCGCGCUGCGAGUGCGCCGCCGCCUCCAACCUCACGGCCGUCUUCCGCGCCUGCGGCAUCAAGGUGCUGUUUCCGCUUCCGGAGCAGAGAGGGGUCUCCAGCCUGUCGCUGCGUCACAACCGUAUGGUCGACAUACACGACGGAGCCUUCGCCAAACUGCCCGGACUCGUCGAACUGGACCUCAGCCACAAUCUGCUGCAAGUGGAGGACGUGCGGCCGACAGUGCUGCGCGGAGCUUACAGCCCCGCCCGCUACGAGCCGAUGGCGCUGCAGCUGCUGGACCUGUCGUACAACCAGCUGCACUCGCUGGACCCACAGGCCUUCGAGCACUGCCCCAGACUCACGGUGCUCCGACUGGACUACAACCCGCUCAAGGUCAUCGACGGCCCUACGCUCAGGGCGGUGGGCACGCCUCACCUGCAGGAGCUGGGCCUGGCGGGCGCGCAGCUGUCUGCGGUGCCGCGGCGGCUGCUGGAGCAGCUGGCGUCGCGGCGCUCGCUCCGGGCGCUCCGCCUCAGCGACAACAACCUCACCGCCGUGCCGGACGGCCUGCAGCUGCUCGACGCGACGCUGGAGGAGCUGAACCUGUCGGCGACGCAGCUGGAGCAGCUGGACGACGAGAGCCUCUUGGGGGAGUGGCCGCGCCUGCGCAGUCUGGCGCUCAGCGCUAUGCCGCGCCUGCGCAGGCUGGGCCCGCGCGCGCUCUCCUCCCUGACGCAGCUCGAGCAGUUCCUCUGCGCCUUCAACGGCCAGCUGCACGAAGUCCACCCACUCGCCACCGCCGGGCUCGAAAACCUGCGCUGGGUGCGGCUGGACAACAACGCGCUGGAGCGUCUGGGCGCGGACAGCCUGCGCUGGUCGUCCCUGGCUGAGCUCAAGCUGGAGGGCAACCCGUGGCGCUGCGACUGCAGCGCGCUCCAGUGGCUGUCCCAGCAGGCGGCCGACGCCAUCACGGACCAGCCCCGGUUCGGUACUCUCAGCUAGCGGGCGCUAUGAGCAGCGUGACUGGCGGUCCGAUUGCCCCCUGACGUCACCACCUUCCGCGUGAGCCUCCCUUCGCUUUUCGCCGCAUCACUUGUUGUGAACUCUGCGUUGUAAUUCCAACUCUAUCAGCGUGUCCAGCGUUUUUUUUUUAUCUGAAAUGCUUAAAAUACUCCCCACCGCAUGGAAGAAGAGGGAUAAUCGUGUUCCAUAUUCUGACUGGCUGUGCUACCGAUCGUCCUGAAACACUUUCUAGAACAUGUUUCUCAAUCAAAGCAUAUAACGAGGACGUGCUUCAUGUGAAACCUCUGAGUGUCCCUUGGCCAACACUUAUUGGAACUGGUGUCCUACACUGACAGAUUUUACUCUUGAAUCCUGAGUGCUCAUUAAUUUUCGGAAGAAAUAAUGGAAAACAAAAGUGUGGAAAAAAAUGAAUGAACUGGAGUCAGUACUAAAUAAAUAUACAGUGGUCUUUUU